UCACUCAACCAUAUCAUAUCACCAUUCAAUCACACUUCUCCUCUCACUUUCUUCCCAUUAACAAUGGAACUCUGCGGCGGAGCCACAUCCAUCUCUUGGGCGAAUUCCCUCACUCCUUCGCAUCACUUUCCACAACCACUCGCUGUUUGGAGAGUUAGGCAAACCAGACUUCUCUCUGUAACCAGCAGCAUUGCCAAGCAGGCAGAUGAGAUGAUUGUUUCAGUAACUGGAGCCACUGGGUUCAUAGGUAAAAGAUUGGUGCAGAGAUUGCUUGCAGAUGAUCAUCGUGUGCGGGUCUUGACACGGUCUAGGUCGAAAGCCCUGUCAGUUUUUCCGGCCAGGGACUAUCCAGGAAUUAAAAUAGCAGAGGAAGCGGAGUGGAGAAACUGCAUUCAAGGUUCUACAGCUGUUGUAAAUCUGGCCGGAAUGCCAAUUAGCACAAGAUGGUCACCCGAGAUCAAGAAAGAGAUCAAAGAUAGCAGGAUUAAAGUAACUUCAAAGGUUGUAGAUUUGAUUAAUAGCACACAGGAUGACCUUCGCCCCAAGGUUUUGGUCAGUGCAACAGCAGUCGGCUACUAUGGAACUAGUGAAACCCGAGUAUUUAACGAGGAAAGUCCAUCAGGAAACGAUUACUUAGCUGAGGUUUGUAGAGAAUGGGAAGCAGCAGCUCUCAGAGUCAAUCAAGAUGUCAGACUAGCACGAAUACGUAUAGGCGUGGUUCUUGGAAAAGAGGGCGGUGCUUUGGCUAAAAUGAUACCACUCUUCAUGAUGUUUGCUGGUGGACCUUUGGGCUCUGGAAAGCAAUGGUUCUCCUGGAUUCAUGUGGACGACCUAGUAAGCUUGAUAUACGAAGCUCUGUCCAACCCUUCUUACAAAGGAGUGAUAAAUGGAACGUCGCCAAACCCCGUUAGGCUGUCGGAGAUGUGCGAUCAUCUGGGAUCGGUCUUGGAUCGACCAUCGUGGCUGCCGGUGCCGGAGGUGGCGCUCAAGGCUGUUCUAGGCGAAGGCGCUUGUGUGGUUCUUGAAGGACAAAAGGUGGUUCCAACGAGGGCUAAGGAGCUUGGGUUCUCUUUCAAAUACCCAUACAUUAAACAAGCUCUCAAAUCAAUCAUGUCUUAGGCUUGGACAUUUUGAUUCUUUAUUGUUUUGUUCUACAUUUUUGGUGAUAUAAAACUUGAGUAUUAGUUACUAAUAAUACUUAUAUACCUAUGAAUUAUGAUGAA